AACUGGGGACUCUUAAUAUAGGGUGUCAUUCACGUUCAGCUACGACACUUAAUAAAGCAAAACCGCUACAUUACAACUAUUCCUCAAAGCAUCACCCCAACUAACUACCAUCUCUUCCUCAUCAUACUAUAUCUUUGUGAUUCAUAACAUAUUUUCAAUACCAUUCCUUUUUUACUUUUUCUUAUCAAACCUCAAAGCAUUAGACUCUAAUUAACUACUGUUUCAUUACAUUACAUUACAUACCCUUUUCUUUAUUGGAUAUUUUCUUAACCUUAUAUUACUAUCUCCCAUUCUGUUUUCUUCACCCUUUUUCACCUUCUCAGAAUCAGCUUAUCUCAUUUUCAUUAAUGCAUGAGUUGACUAAGUUGUGUUUUCAUUUAUGUUGUUCAUCUCUCAUAUGUCACUCGUUUCAAUGCUUUUUAACUAUACGCAUGCAACAGCUACCAACUCAAUAUUCAUCUCCAAUACACACACACUUCAAGAUAAUAAGAUAACCAAGAAUCAUCCAUCUUCAUCAUUAACACCAAUUUUCUGCUGAACUUGAAGCGAAAGAAUCCUUUAUUUGGUCAAGUUUGUGAGUGUUUGAAAGUUACAAAUUUGAGUCUUAGAUAUAAUGAAGAUUUCAACACUUCUUGUAGUAGUUGUGUUCUUUAUGUGUUUUAUUUCAAUGCCACUACUAGUACUUGGCCAAGACAACAUAGAUAAAGAUACAAUUUUGAAAGUGCUUUUGGAAGUGAAGAAAUCAUUUGAUAAAGACCCACAAAAUGUUUUGAGUGAUUGGUCAGAAAAUAACACAGAUUACUGUAGUUGGAGAGGAGUGUCAUGUGGUUUGAACUCUUUAGUUGAUGACUCGGUGCAUGUGGUGAGUCUUAACCUUUCUGACUCGUCACUCACCGGGUCAAUUUCACCAUCACUCGGUCGGUUGAAAAACUUGCUCCACCUAGAUAUUUCUUCCAAUUUCCUCACGGGUCACAUUCCACGAAAUCUCUCUAACCUUGCUUCAUUGGAAUCUCUGCUUCUCUUUUCUAACCAACUCAGUGGUUCUGUUCCCACUGAGUUUGGCUCGCUCACGAGUCUCCGAGUCAUGCGACUCGGUGACAAUCCAUUAACAGGUAUGAUUCCCUCGUCUCUUGGGAAAUUGUUUAACUUGGUCACUCUUGGACUUGCUUCAUGCGAACUCACUGGGUCGAUUCCACCUGAACUCGGUCAACUCAGUCUCAUGGAGAAUCUUCUUCUUCAGGACAACGAGUUAAUGGGUCCGAUUCCGUCCGAGUUAGGAAACUGCUCAAGCCUCACUGUCUUCACUGCUUCUAACAACAAACUCAAUGGGUCAAUUCCAAGUGAACUGAGUCAACUAAAUAAUCUUCAAAUUCUCAACCUUGGCAACAAUAGCUUAUCAGGGGAGAUACCGAGUCAACUCGGUGAAAUGAGUGAACUCGUUUACCUCAAUCUCAUGGAUAACCAACUUGAAGGUGCAAUUCCACCGUCUCUAGCUCAACUGGGUAAUCUUCAAAAGCUUGACUUGUCUAUGAACAAGCUCAGUGGAGGAAUUCCAGAUGAGUUUGGCGACAUGGGUCAGCUAGGUUACAUGGUUUUGUCUGGUAACAACCUUAAUAGUGUCAUACCAAGAACAAUAUGUUCCAAUGCAACAAGUUUGGAACAUUUAAUGCUAUCACAAAGUGGACUUAUUGGUGAGAUUCCAGCUGAAUUAAGUCAGUGUCAAUCACUGAAACAACUUGAUUUAUCUAACAAUUCACUCAAUGGUUCCAUACCUCUUGAGCUUUAUGGGUUGUUAGGGUUAACUGAUCUAUUGCUCAACAACAAUAGUUUGGUUGGUUCAAUCUCUCCUUUUAUAGGAAACUUCAGCAGCUUGCAAACACUUGCUUUGUAUCACAACAAUUUGCAGGGUGCUCUUCCUAGAGAGAUUGGAAUGCUAGGGAAGUUGGAAAUUUUAUAUCUUUAUGAUAAUUGGUUAUCGGGUGCUAUACCUAUGGAGAUUGGUAACUGUUCAAGCUUGCAAAUGGUUGAUUUUUCUGGAAACAGAUUCAGUGGGGAAAUUCCAAUCACUAUUGGAAGGCUGAAAAAGUUGAACUUCCUUCACCUUAGACAAAAUGAGCUUGUGGGUGAGAUUCCUGCCACUUUGGGUAACUGUCAUAAAAUGAAUAUCCUUGAUUUGGCUGAUAAUCAGCUCUCUGGAGCAAUUCCUGCAACAUUUGGAUUCCUUGAGUCAUUGCAGAAGCUCAUGCUCUACAACAAUUCUCUUGAAGGUAACCUUCCUCACCAAUUGAUAAAUGUAGCUAACUUGACCAGAGUGAAUCUUUCAAAGAAUAGAUUGAAUGGUAGUCUAGCUGCACUGUGUAGCUCACAAUCGUUUCUUUCUUUCGAUGUUACGGAUAAUGAGUUUGCCAGUGAAAUUCCAUCUCAGCUGGGAAACUCGCCCUCCCUUCAGAGGCUAAGAUUAGGCAACAACAAAUUUUCUGGUGAAAUUCCUAGGACUUUGGGAAAAAUCCACGACCUGUCAUUGUUAGACCUGUCGGGAAAUUCACUCACCGGACCGAUACCAGCUGAGCUUUCUUUGUGCAAUAAAUUAGCUUACAUUGAUUUAAACAGUAAUCUUCUUUUUGGACAAAUACCAUUUUGGCUUGGAAGUUUGCCUCAGUUGGGAGAGCUUAAGCUCUCCUCCAAUAAUUUUUCUGGACCUCUUCCAUUAGGCCUAUUCAAAUGUUCCAAAUUACUAGUUCUCUCUCUAAAUGACAACUCACUCAAUGGAAGUCUCCCAACUGAUAUAGGUGAUCUUACAUAUCUUAAUGUCCUUCGACUUGACCGUAAUAAGUUCUCUGGACUGAUCCCUCCGGAGAUAGGUAAGUUGAGCAAGCUUUAUGAGCUCCAGCUAUCCAGGAAUAGCUUUAAUGGUGAGAUGCCAAUUGAGAUUGGAAAACUUCAAAAUCUCCAAAUCGUUUUAGACCUCAGUUACAAUAGUCUCUCAGGUCGCAUCCCGGAUUCUCUCGGGACUCUAUCAAAAUUAGAAGCACUUGAUCUUUCCCACAAUCAACUUACUGGAAAAAUCCCCCCACAAGUUGGUGAAAUGAGUAGCUUGGGAAAGCUUGAUCUCUCUUACAACAACCUUCAAGGAAAAUUGGACAAGCGGUUCACCCGCUGGCCGAAUGAGGUAUUUGAAGGAAACUCAAAUCUUUGUGGAAGCCCUCUCGACCUCUGUAAUAGUGAUGAUACUUCUGGCAGGGAGCAGUCGGGCCUAAGCGAGUCAUCGGUAGUGAUAAUUUCUGUAAUUUCAACUUUAGCUGCAAUUUCACUAUUGAUACUGUCGGUAAGAAUCUUCUGCAAAAACAAGCAAGAAUUUUUAAGGAAAGACAGCAAAAUGAGUUAUGUCUACUCCUCCUCUUCAUCGCACGCACAACGACUACCACUGUUCCAACUAAAUGCAGCUGGAAAGAGAGAUUUCAGGUGGGAAGAUAUCAUGGAUGCAACAAACAAUCUAAGUGAUGACUUCAUGAUUGGUUCAGGAGGUUCGGGGAAAAUCUACAAAGCUGAUUUGGUCACCGGAGAGACGGUUGCUGUCAAGAAGAUUUCAUCAAAAGAUGAUUUUCUGUUAAACAAAAGCUUUUUAAGAGAAAUUCAGACACUAGGGAGAAUAAAGCAUAGACAUCUGGUGAAGCUAAUAGGAUUUUGUAGCAGUAGAAACAAAGGAGCAGGUUGGAAUCUAUUGAUAUAUGAAUACAUGGAGAAUGGAAGUUUAUGGGAUUGGCUUCAUGGGAAAUCGGUCAAUGCAGGCAAAGUAAAGAACAGUCUUGAUUGGGAGACAAGGUUCAAAAUUGCUGUGGGAUUAGCUCAAGGAGUGGAGUACCUACAUCAUGAUUGUGCACCAAAUAUCAUUCACAGAGACAUCAAAUCCAGCAACAUAUUGCUAGAUUCCAAUAUGGAAGCACACUUGGGAGAUUUUGGACUGGCUAAAGCACUCGUUGAAAGUUAUGACUCUAAUACCGAGUCAAAUUCUUGUUUUGCUGGGUCUUAUGGCUACAUGGCUCCAGAGUAUGCAUUCUCGCUGCGGGCGACAGAAAAAAGUGAUGUUUACAGCAUGGGAAUAGUUCUUAUGGAACUUGUUAGUGGUAAAAUGCCAACAAGUGACUUUUUUGGAGAAGAUAUGGACAUGGUGAGAUGGGUGGAGAUGAACAUUGAUAUGCAUGGCUCUACCUGUGAGAAACUGAUAGAUCCUGAACUGAAACCUCUUUUACCUAGUGAAGAGUUUGCUGCAUUCCAAGUGCUUGAGAUAGCCUUGCAAUGCACAAAAGCUACAACACGGGAGAGACCAUCUUCAAGGAAAGUGUGUGAUCUUCUCCUUCAUGUAAUUAGUAAUAGAAUGAUGGACUUCCAGAAGAUGAAUUUGGAUCAAUACAAGUAAGUUUAUUUAAGAAGGAUAGAAACAAAUCCUAAUAUUACCAGACUUGUGUUCAUGAAACUUUUUUUAGCUCAUUUUUUGUUCUUUUUUCACAUGAAGAUUUGGUGUAAAGGAACGAUGAUAGAGUUGCUGUUAUAUGUUAAUGUUACAACUACCAGCCAAAUUUGUCGGCACUUCCCAUUAACUUUCAUUUUGGAUUCUAUCAUACUUGCUCUAUACCUUUUAAAUGACACUAUCAAAAGAUAUUUGGUUCUGAAACUA